AUGUUCCGUCGUCCAGGUGCUGGGCGCUCCAAGGCUUCAGCAGAUACCCUCUGUCAGAAGUGCCUCAAGAGAGGACAUUACAGUUACGAGUGCAAGGCAUCUGCCCAGGAACGCCCAUACAAAUCUCGACCUUCCAGGACACAACAACUACUCAACCCCAAGCUGAAGCCCAAGCUUACCACCGAAGUACCCCAAGAUCUGCUGCGCAAGAAGGGCGUCGCAGAUGAGAUCUUGAAGAAGAAGGAAGAGGAUCGCAAGCGCGCGCGGUCACUCUCUGCGUCAUCUGCCGACUCUGUCUCCACCAUCUCAACAAACCGCUCCCGCUCCCGCUCCCGCUCACGAUCUCCACCACGACGGAAGCGCGAUGCACCAAGACAUCGAGGAGACGACAAUGACAAGGGGCUGCGUAAGCGCAGCAGGCGAUCAGUGUCCAUGGAAUCGCGCUCAUCCUGCGUAUCGGAUACAGCAGACAGAAACACAAGGCGGCGCAUGAGCUCCUUCAGCCCUGGCGAGCGAGGUCGCCGAAGAACCAGGUCAAAGUCGAGGUCAAGGUCGGCGCGCAUGCAGACAUCACAUGAGAAUGCCAGAGGAAGAGCACCACGAAGCUUGAGUGGCAGUAUCAGGUCACGAAGCAGAAGCGCAAGAAGAGAUAGGAGGCGGCCAGUUCGUCAGUACUCCGUCUCGAGAUCACGAUCGAGAAGCGCGGAUCCCAUGGAUACGUCUGAUGACAACCACCCACCUAACCGACUAUCAAAGGGUAAAACAGGAGUCUCACAUUCAGGGGAUGGUAAACCCUCAAGGUCACUCUCACCGUACCACAGCGGUCGCGAUCGCAGCCCCAGUCCGUACUCCAAGCGCAAAGCCGCACGCCGGUCGCGCAGUCCACAAGAAGCGAGAAACGGAGGACGACUUCGUGACAGUCCAUACCGACCGGCAAGAAACCGCUUCGACAAUCGACCACCCGUGUCAAAUGGCAGAGAUACACCGCCGCCAGCGCAAGCACCCCCACCCGUUCAGAGAGAGCGUAGCUUGAGUCCGUACAGCAAGCGCUUGGCCUUGACAAAAGCUAUGCAUUCAGGGUAG